AUGUCGCAUGAUAGUUCUCCCACGGAGCUCAACCACAUUGACACUGACACCCCAUCCGAGAAGAUCUACACCGGUAGCUGCCACUGCACCGCAGUCCGCCUGUCCGUCCAAGCCAAACCACUACCGGAGAUUGAAGUGAAGGAGGAUAACUGCAGUAUUUGCCAGCGGAACGCCAAUAUCUGUAUAUAUCCCCACCAGUCACAGGUUACUCUCCACGGCGAAGAGAACUUGACAGAGUAUCGCUUUGGAAGGGGAUUCACAGCACACCAAUUCUGCAAGAUAUGUGGUGUGCAACUGAGUAUGAAGUUGCAUGGACCGCCUCAGUCCGUGGUGGAUAAUCUUCCGCUAGAGAAGCAGGAGAUCGUGAAGCAGAAGUUGACUAUUGUGCCGAUCCGAGUGGCGGUUCUGGAUGGGGUGGAGUGGGCGGAUUUGAAGAUUGAGAGAACGGAUGAGGUCGUUAUUGUUAACAUUACUAUACUCGUCAUUAAUAUCAUCCCCCAAGGAAUGCCCUCUGUCCCUACCGACGGCUUGUCCGUCACCCACCCUUCCUCCAGGACCGGUCCGCCGCACCUCCGUCUGAUCCACUACAAUGACGUCUACCACGUGGAAGAAGGAUCCGCAGAACCCGUCGGCGGCGUAGCCCGAUUUCAAUCCGUCGUCAAUUACUACCGCCACGACCCCUCCUUUUCCGAACAACCCAACGUCCUGACCUUCUUCUCCGGCGAUGCCUACAACCCCAGUCUUGAAAGCACGGUCACCAAAGGGCGGCACAUGGUGCCGUUUCUGAAUAAGGCGGGGACAGAUGUAGCCUGUGUCGGUAAUCACGAUCUCGAUUUCGGUGUCGCUCAAUUCCGCCAUCUACGUACACAAUGUCGGUUUCCGUGGCUGCUGGCCAAUGUUCUGGAUCUCGAUUUGGGAAAGGAUGUGCCGAUUGCGAAUUGCGAGAAGACGUUGAUGUUGACCUCGUCUAACGGGAUCAAGGUCGGGGUCAUUGGCUUAGGCGAGAGGGAAUGGCUCGGAACGAUCAAUGCCCUCCCUCCGAACCUGGUCUAUAAGUCUGCGUACAAGACAGCGCUGGAGCUGGUCCCGCGUCUGCGUGAACAAGGCGCCGAAUUGAUUGUGGCGGUCACCCACCAACGUGAACCGAAUGACUAUAAGCUGGCUCAGAAGCUUCCGCCGGGAAUGAUUGAUAUUAUCUUGGGUGGCCACGAUCAUUUCUAUGCCCAUGCCGUCGUCAACGGCACGCAUGUCCUGCGGUCGGGUACGGACUUCAAGCAACUUAGCUACAUUGAGGCGUGGCGCAAGGAGGAUGGUGAAGGAUGGGACUUCAGUAUUGUGCGCCGGGAUAUCGUUCGGUCAAUUCCGGAGGAUCCUGCAACGACGACCAUGGUGAAUCGGCUGACGUCUAGCUUGGCGGCGAAGUUAGAAAAGCCGAUCGGGUAUACUUCGGUCGCACUGGAUGGUCGAUUCUCAACUGUGCGUCAGAAGGAGUCGAAUCUGGGGAACUUUGCGUGCGACCUCAUGCGGUUUUACUAUGGGGCUGACUGCGCGAUGAUGGCUGGCGGGACUAUACGUGGUGACCAAAUUUACCCGCCAGGGAUCCUGCGGCUGAAAGAUAUCCUCAACUGCUUCCCCUUUGAAGAUCCGGUCGUAUUAUUGCGCAUCAAGGGUCGUGCGCUCUUCGAUGCCCUGGAGAAUGGAGUGAGCCAACUUCCAGCGCUCGAAGGACGGUUUACCCAGGUGUCGAACAUUGCUUUUGGCUACAACCCCUCGGCCCCUUCGGGCUCCCGCAUCAACUGGGCCCAGGUCGGCGGAGAGCCAAUUGACUUCGAUGGGCAGUACACAUUGGCAACCCGCGGAUACAUGGCUCGUGGGAAAGACGGUUUUGCGUCUCUGUUGGUGCAGUCAGAGGGCGGCGAAGUCGAAGAGAUCGUAGAUGAAGAGAGUGGCAUCCUGAUCAGCACACUACUUCGCCAGUAUUUCCUGAGUUUGCGAGUGAUGGGUCGAUGGCGGCGCUGGGGUCCCAGCAUGACCCGACACUGGAGCAACGUGCAUGAUAGCCUCCAUUGCAAUGGGUGGCUGAAACCUCCAUCCCGCCAGCCGUCUCCCGAAUUAAACAAGGUGCCGUACCGGCCGCCUUUGUCGCGGUCGAAGAACUACUAUUAUGGUCGGUUUCCCGAGAUUGUGGAAACCGAGGAGACGGAGAGCCGAGGCGUGGGCCUGAACGGGGAGGACGAGUCGAUGGACUCGGACUCGGACACUGACCCCGACAUCCUGACCUCUCCUCGUCCAACUACGAACUAUGUAACUCUGCCAGCACGGUCCGCUACGGAAGAGGAACGGCGCCUGCGUCUGGCGCGCAAGGCCGUCCGGACAUGGAUGCACCGGACCGGGCUGCAGCCAUCGCCAAUUAAUGACGCGGAUGAAGUUGGAGAAUUCACACCGACGUGGACACCUGGUAUCUCGCCGCGCUUGGAGCAGCGGAUUGUGGUUGAAAAUUAG